AUGGCGUCUGAUCCUAUCCCUCCACCCUCCAAUUUUCAGCCACAAAGCCCGCUGUUCUAUGUCAUACCUGGCGAGAUCCGUAACGAGAUCUUCCAAUUGGCGCUCAUGCAGGAUGAAGACAGCGCAGCAGCGUAUCCGGAAGACUCGUACUGGUACCGGCCAGGUUUCUCAGGUCCGCUCAAGGGCAGCAGUGCGCUUUUGCGCACGUGCAAGCUCGCGUACGCGGAGGGACAGAAAGUGUUCCUCAGAGAGCUGGAAUGGGCUUUUUGGUUUACGUGCGAAAAGUUCUUCCGCAACCUAACUCCACAAGCCGUGCAGUCACUCCAGAAAGUUCGUCUUUUCACGCAGAUGUUCUGGCUCGAAGAAGGCGAUCAACUAUUCUACAUCCUCAGCAUACCUCAAUUCCGACCAACCCAGCUUACUAUUACCAUACGAUACUCUGACUGGUGGUUCUGGGAAAGCAAUUCGCCACUGAGUAUGGAAGAAAAGUGGCUACGCUACUUCGAAGGGAACCCCGGCUUGCGCGUACUGAGGGUUGAGUACGAGACGCUCAGUUGGAAGAAAGCGGAGAUGAUGCGCAUCAUCGAUCGAAACAAGAAAUGGAAACUACCUGUACGAAGGGAAGGCGGCAACUUCCAGAAGAAUGAGCUCGAGGGAUAUCUGAGCGCUGAGAACACUGAACUGAAGGAAUGGACUUGGAAGGGCCCAAGCAAGCUGGGUGGACAAGAUUGGAUUCACCACGGCACCGAAGAUAAGGUCGAAUACGUCGUCGUCACAGAUACCUGGAAGUUCGUGGAAGGCAAACUCACCGAGAAAGAGAUGGAGGGCCGAUUGACCACUAUGAUGCGAGCACCUGAGUUGACGCGGGCCGAGGUGGAAAGACGCCGCAAUAUAGGCGCAUGGCGUGGGAGACUUCGGGAAAGGAAGACUACACAGUAUGCAGCUUAG